CAUGAAUCAUAAGAAAAUUUAGAUCACACUAUCAGAUUUUCAUAAACUCUUCUUUAUCUCGUACGUUUAACUUUUUACUUAAACCAAUGAUUAUAAGUUACUGAUUGGAACUAAAAUGGUUCUACGCAUUGCAUAAUAUAAGAAUGAAUUUGGUUAGGAUAAAUUCAUGAUACUGUGGAAGAUUAUUUCUAUUGUAAUAUAGCUAUUAAUGAUGUUAUGACCACUGGAAGAGUUCCAUUAUUAUAACAAGUAUUGCAUCUCUGUAAGUUAUAACAGUGUAUGAUUUUCUAAACCUUCGUCGAUUGAUAAUUUUUAUACUUAUUUUUUUUGGCAAUGACUUUUGAAUUGUGACUCUGGCAGUGAAGUAUUUAUUCAAAUAUAUUCAUAAUGUUAUUGUUGCAUUGUGGUUGUAGUUCAUUAUAAAAUUAACUAGAGACUUUAUUUAAAUGAAUUAUCUCUGUUCUCUAUAUAGUAUGACAAAUUGGAUAUAUAAUAAAUAUGUGAUAGUAUAUGAAACAGUUCUGACAAAUUUGAAGUGCGUUUGUCCUAUUACUACCUCGUGCGACAAAGUUUCUUGGAAGUUUUGUAAAUGAUUUGGGUAUUAAUUCCCAAAAAAUAUCAAUGAGAUAUGCAGCAUCAAAUUAAACAGAGGCACCCACAAUCCUUACUGCAUAAGUGUUAUAAUUAUAGUGGAUUUAAUAGUGUCAUAAAAUUACAAGAUGUCUGCAGUAGAAACACCACAUUUCAUACGUACCAUCGAAUGGGAUAUGAUGGAUAAGACAAAAUUUUUCCCAUUGAGCAUGCUCUCAUCAUUUUCUGUGCGCUGCUGUCUAUAUCCCUUAACAGUAAUUAAAACCCGCUUACAAGUUCAGAAACAUAACAACAUGUACAAUGGAAUGCUAGAUGCUUGCAGAAAGAUUUACAAGGUGGAAGGUAUAGGUGGUCUAUAUAGAGGAUUUUGGAUAAGUUCUAUACAAACUGUAUCUGGUGUAUUUUAUGUAUCUACUUACGAAGGAAUGCGUCAUAUACUUGGACAGAAUAAUGUUAUAGGUAAUAUAGACUCACGAGUAAAAGCAUUAAUUGCCGGUGGAGCUGCUAGUUUGGUAGGACAGACAAUAGUAGUUCCGUUUGAUGUUCUAAGUCAACACUUAAUGGUUCUGGGGAUCAAUUAUAAUAAACAUGGAAGAUAUAUAGAUCAGAUGGGUAUAAAUCCAUUGGGUUUAAUUCUUGAGCCAGGAAAAUCCCGGACUCAAAUUUCGACAGAUAUUAUCAGGUUAAUUUAUCAGAGAGAUGGCUAUAGAGGUUUUUAUAGAGGAUAUGUUGCAUCAUUGUGCGCUUAUGUUCCCAAUAGUGCUCUUUGGUGGGGAUUAUAUACAUCAUACCAGGAUGAGCUUAUAAGAUUGUUCCCAGAGUGGGUCUCUCACUUGUUUAUUCAAGCUCUUGCUGGUACAUUAGGAGGAUUUACCACAACAAUUAUUACAAAUCCUUUAGAUAUUGUACGGGCAAGGUUACAAGUACAAAGAUUAGAUAGUAUGUUUACUACGUUCAAAGUUUUAUGGGUGGAAGAAAGAUUGCAAAUGUUCACAAAGGGACUUUCCGCGCGUCUUGUGCAAUCUGCUUGUUUUAGUUUUUCAAUAAUUCUAGGAUAUGAAACUAUUAAAAGAUUCAGCAUAAUUGAAGAGUACAAAGGUUACAUUAGAUGGUGAAUUUAUUUUCUAACACUUGUAAUAGUUGUUUUCUUGUCAUGCAUUUUUCGACAAAUUCUGUUGUAUUUUAAGCAAAAGCAACUGAGAUAUGCACCAAAGAGAAAAGAACAAGAUCAUUAAUGAUCUUAGGGACUUAUAAAUUAUAUUCAUAAUAGUACAUUUUAAUGCAAUGUAAUUGCAACCAUGGUUAAUAGGUAUGAUGAAAACACGACGAAAUGUUUAUUUUAAAUAAUAAAAGUAAUUAUAAAUUAUAACGAGAAUAUAAUUACGUGUUAAUCGUA